GCAAAGGAGGAAGGGACGGCAGAGAGACCAAGGGAGGUCUGACGACACCAUCUCGUCUCACCUAUUCUGAAUGCACAGACUGAUGAAUGCAAGCACGCAGCCUGGUCACAUCUGGCUCUGAUUUAUUCUGGAGGAACAUCAAGGCUUUAGUUGUCACUCAGUGUGUGCAACUCUUUCUCUGCCAGGACCAAAUCUUAAAGGAGCUUUGGGAACAUAGCAUGUUGCAAGUGUCCACGGCAGGAGUGUGCAGUGGCUUUCAGUGCCAGAGGUCCAAUGUAAGGAUGGAGAACAAAUGUUCCAGGCUAACGGUGUUCAUCACCGGUUGCUGAUCCAGCCUCAACAGGGAACAUCCAACAAAACAAAGAACAAGACGAAGAAGAAGAAGAAGCAGCUGAAGAGACAAGAACUUUAUUCACCAGCAAACUUUUUUUUCCUCCAGGGGUGAAAGAUGUUGUGGUGCAACUUUGACCACCACUUGCUCUCACUGGCAGCACUUCUAGUAAUUGUGAGCUGUGGAGGAGGGGAGGAAAGGAGAGGGACGGAUAGCAGCACCAGCGGCACAGGUGGCAGCAGCAGCAGCAGCAGCAGCAGCAGUGGGUCAAGUGGUAGCAGCAGUAGUAGUAAUUACAGCAGCAGACGCUUGCAUAAGAUCCAGCAUGGCCAGUGCACCUACACCUUCAUCCUACCUGAGGAGGAUGCAGCCGGAGGAGGCGCCUGCAGGGAGGCGAAAGCCGGCAACCCCCAGUACAACGCCAACUCUCUGCAGAGGGACGCUCCGCCACCUGAGCCAGAAUUUCCCAACCAGAAGAUCCAGCAGCUCGAGCACAUUAUGGAGAAUUAUACCCAGUGGCUGCAGAAGAUUGAAAACUACAUUAAAGAGAGCAUGAAGACAGAGAUGGCCCAGCUGCAGCAGAGCGCCGUCCACAACCACACGGCAGCCAUGUUGGAAAUGGGCACGAACCUCCUUUCUCAGACAGCUGAACAGACACGCAAGCUGACUGACGUAGAGACGCAGGUCCUGAAUCAGACGUCGAGGCUCGAGAUCCAGAUGCUGGAAAAUUCUCUUUCCACUAAUAAGUUGGAGAAGGAGUUAAUGGUCCAGACCAAUGAGAUCAGCAAACUGCAUGACAAGAACAGCCUCAUGGAGCAGAAGAUGUUAGAGAUGGAGACGCGACACCACGAGGAGCUGGAGACGCUGAAGCAGGAGAAGGGAAGCCUCCAGGCCUUGGUGGGGAGGCAGAGCGGGGUUAUCAGGGAGCUAGAAACCCAGCUGAGCCGCGCCACGGGAAACAGCACCGCCCUGCAGAGACAGCAGCAGGAGAUGAUGGAUACCGUCCACAACCUGCUCAACCUCUGCAAUAAGGAUGGAGUUGUUCCUAACAGUACAAAAGUUGCGGACGAAGAGAAGAAGUUCCGUGACUGUGCCGACCUUUACCUGGCCGGCUUCCAUAAGAACGGCAUCUACACCAUCCAGAUCAAUGCCCAGGAGACCAGGAAGGUUUAUUGCAACAUGGAAACAGCCGGCGGAGGAUGGACGGUCAUCCAGCGCAGAGAAGACGGCAGCAUGGACUUCCAGAGGACGUGGAAGGAGUACAAGAUGGGUUUUGGGAGCCUGUCUGCGGAGCACUGGCUGGGGAAUGAAUAUGUUUACCAGUUGACCAGUCAGCGGCAGUAUGCUCUUCGUGUGGAGCUGACAGACUGGGAUGGACACCAGGCCUUCUCUCUGUAUGAUCGCUUCCAAAUUGGCAGCGAGAAACAAAACUACAGGCUGUUCCUGAAAAGCCACAGUGGGACUGCGGGCAGACAGAGCAGUCUAGUAAUCCACGGAGCAGACUUCAGCACCAAGGACAUGGACAAUGACAACUGCCUGUGCAAGUGCGCCCUCAUGCUCACUGGAGGUUGGUGGUUUGACGCCUGCGGCCCGUCCAACCUUAACGGCAUGUACUUCACCCAAGGGCAACACAUAGGGAAGCUGAACGGUAUCAAGUGGCACUACUUCAAGGGCCCCAGCUACUCGCUACGAGCCACGGCCAUGAUGAUCCGCCCACUGGACUUCUCGUAGUCUUUUGAAUUCGUGAACUUUUAACGUCCACGUAGAACAUUAAAGGGACGCUUCCUAUUUUA